UCGNUACGCACCGAGCCUAACCGGUUCUCUGGUGUUUGUAGGACGAGGAGGAGGCAAAGAUGUCGGAGCGAAAAGUUUUAAAUAAAUACUACCCGCCGGACUUUGACCCAUCAAAGAUCCCCAAACUCAAGCUCCCCAAAGACCGACAGUACGUGGUGAGGUUGAUGGCCCCCUUCAAUAUGAGGUGUAAGACGUGUGGAGAGUACAUCUACAAGGGGAAGAAGUUCAACGCACGCAAAGAGACGGUGCAGAACGAGGUCUACCUGGGCCUGCCCAUCUUCCGCUUCUACAUCAAGUGCACCCGCUGCCUGGCAGAGAUCACUUUCAAGACAGACCCCGAAAACACAGACUACACCAUGGAGCAUGGGGCCACGCGGAAUUUCCAGGCUGAGAAGCUCCUGGAGGAGGAGGAGAAGAGGGUGCAGAAGGAGAGGGAGGAUGAAGAGCUGAACAACCCCAUGAAGGUGCUGGAGAACCGGACCAAAGACUCCAAGCUGGAGAUGGAAGUGCUGGAGAACCUGCAGGAGCUCAAGGACCUGAACCAGCGGCAGGCGCACGUGGACUUCGAGGCCAUGCUGCGGCAGCACCGGCUGUCGGAAGAGGAGCGGCAGAAGCAGGAGCAGGAGGAGGACGAGCGGGAGAUGGCGGCCUUAUUGGAGGAAGCCAGGAACCGAAGGCUGCUUGAGGACUCAGACUCAGAGGAUGAUGCUGUGCCUGCCCCGCCCCGGCCGGCACUGUGGCCCAGCCCCACUGCCAUCCUGGACGAGGCCCCUAAGGCCAAGAGGAAGGUGGAGAGCUGGGAGCAGAGCUUUGGCAGCCUCGGCAGCCGGCCCCAGCUGUCAGGCCUGGUCGUGGUGAAGAAGAGGAAGACAGAGCGGGAGCACAGCGCCGGGCAGGGCCAGGCAGCAGCCGCCCCGGGUGCCCUUCAGAGCAGGAAGGCAACUGACCCUGCACCCCCGACACCUGGUGCCUCCUCCCUGAGCCAGCUGGGGGCCUAUCUGGACAGUGAUGACAGCAGCGGCAGCAACUGAGCCCCGCCCCAGCCCUUCAAGGUCAAGGGUCUCAGGUCCAGCUUCAGCCAUACCCUGAGAGCUGGUGGUUAGAGCAGGAGGCCUUGGCACCAACCAGGGCCACAACCAGGCGAGCACCAGUAGCCACCAAGGCCAGCGGGGCCGGCAAGGGCUUCAGCCUGGGGACUCGGCUUCUCUCCUGUCUCCCCACUAGCAUCUCGGGGACCCAAGCUGCCCCUGCUCCCACUUGGCACCAUGUUGGGGGCUGCCACAUUCCUGGAGCACCUCUCAGCUUCCAGCAUGACUCCCUGGUCCUGUCACAGACCGUCCUUGGGAUGUCGGCCAUGUUAUGGGCAUGCAGGUGAGCCCACCUACCCCCAUGUGGCUCCAUCCCUUCCCUCCACAGAACUGUCUGGAACCAAUAAAAGGAAUCCACCUA